CAACAUUUUGCCAUUGGAAAUGUAGCUGCGACUGCAACUGGCGGACUGCCACUUUCAUCCCAUCGUCAUCAUCUCCAUCACCAUCAUCUCCACCAUCCAUCAUCCAACGGGAGCCCGAGGCUUGGCUCCGUUGCGUGUGGGUCUGUCGGGCCUUUCCACCCACUGCCGCUCCCGUUUCGACUGGCAGAAGCAGCGCCGCCACUGGCGGAUCUUCCCGCGAACUACAACUCUGUCAGCGGUUCAGCAGCCCACCUUCACCUCGUCCGUCCAGCAAACCUUCCUCUUCAAAGGAUGGCCGCCUAUUCUGCUCAGCAGCAGGAUGAAGAGCUGGCGCGUCUGCAGGAGUUGUCCAACAAGUGGGAGCCCGAUGCCACGGGCCCGUUUGUGAGCGACCUGCUAGAUAGCACUGCUAUCACAGCUGAAUACGCCAAUGCCGAUCCAGUUUACCAGGUGAAGACUGCGUCUCUACCGCAAAGCUUCUCACACUACCGAACAUGUCGUGGCGAUGGUCAUUGCGGAUGGCGGGCGGUUGCCUUCUCUUAUUUCGAGGCCCUUGUCCGCACUGCUGAACCGUACAAAUUCCACGAAGAAGUCGCCCGACUCAAGUCUCUGCGCAACAUCAUGAAUGAUGCAGGCCUCCCGGAGGAUAUCUACGUCGACUUCGCGGAGGAAGCAUGGGUGCUGUUGGAUCGUCUGUCUUCGAUGCCCGUUGACGCAGGCCUGGCUACGGUGCUUGAAACGUUCAACGAUCCCAAUACCGCCAUGAGCAUCAUCACGUACUUCAAGCUCCUCACCAGCGCGUGGAUGCAGAAAUACCCCGACCAGUACCAAGGAUUUAUGAAUGAAAGCGUGCAAUCCUAUUGCAAAACCAGGAUCGAGCCGGCUCAGUGCGAAAUAGAGGAACUGGGACUCAACGCUCUCCUCGCCGUUCUUGUAUCACCAGCUGGCAUUGCUGCCGAAGUCCAUUAUCUCGAUCGAAGCCCUGGUGAUACCAUCAACGUGAUCCAGUACGGCUGGUCCGGAGCCGAAAGUCGCACGCCGCCUGCAAAAAUUCGACUCCUGUAUCGCCCGGGUCACUACGAUAUUCUGUACAAAGCCGAGGACCUAAUGGUUACGAAAUCGGUGCCAUCAGCGUCUGUGACCCAGGCUGCCCAGCAAAAUGUUUUUGUAGCACUGCAGCACGCGUCUACAGAGACACUGCAUCACAGGACUGCGUACCAGCCAGAGACGAUAGAGAUACCAGGAAUGUCGUUCUAUACCGGUCCACAAGCUACAUGGCCACAAGCGUUCAAUCAGUAUGACAUUGCCCCGAGCCCGAUCUCGCCUCCUGUUUCUUCGCCUCGGCCAGCAGUGACACCGACCUACCCCAACGUACCUGCUAUUCCAGUGCACGACAUGUACUUCCCGAGCCCACCUGCAUCUCAGGCUUCGCUCCCGAAUGUGGCACUUCCCCAUCAUGUUCAAAUCGAUCGUGGCACGCCUUUUCGGCCAUCAGCAUGGGAGUAUACGGCCGAGUUCAAUAACAUGCCGCACCAGUCUCUUUGCCAAACAUCCAUCUUUCGGAAUUCUCACUACAAUACUGCUCACUUCAACAACCCCGAUUUUGAGCCCGAGCAGUGGAGUCCCGACAAAGAAUACACAACUACAGAUCGUUCACGUAAGAAGUCAUCACACGCGUAGUGUAGCGAUGCCCAACAACAUAACCCAAAUUGUGUCAAGGCCAAGACAUCAAACUGCACAACCACGUUUUCACGCUGCCCUUUAUCUUCCUGACAGACUCAGCUGGUUCUUGUUCUUCGGCGGUUCAUAUUUAAGUGUAUCAGCGGUAUAACGUUUUCAAGCAUAGCGACGGGAUCAACGAGUCUUCUUAUUACGGCAAGGAUUUUUUUUUCUUCAGAAAAAAGUAAUUUUCCCCGUCUUCUCCGACAGUGGGUCAGUUGCAACCAUUUUCGUAGGUCGUGUACUAGCAUCAUUUGCUAGGACAUGGCUCGUUCGCUUAGAGAGGAGAUCCGGGCGAAAGAGGGG